CAGUGUGGAGGGCUCACUGUGGUGAUAAGCACCUCCCCACAAAGCAGACAGCCUUUCACAGAGGAAAGUAUCAGGUUGCCGCACUUCAGCUGGGGGUUGUCACUGUCUAUUGAUAUGACUGGUUUGCCAUCGCUCUGCAAAUAAGGCAGAAGCUGCUACCUGAUUGGUAUAACAUCUCACUUUCUCUCCUCAUUGAUUUUCUUGUUCUCCUCCUUUGCUUCAUAAAGAGAGGGACAAGUGGCUGGUGCUGUGGACAGAGAAGCUUUAUUUUUAGUAUGAGACAGCCUCUAUUUUCUUUCAGGAGAGGGAAGUUGGAUUAUCAAUUCUUUUGUAAAUGUGUAUGGUGAUUUUUGCUCCGCUUUUUGCCAUCUUUGCAUUUGCAACAUGCGGUGGCUAUUCAGGAGGCCUGCGGCUGAGUGUGGACUGCAUCAACAAGACAGAAAGUAACCUCAGCAUUGACAUAGCAUUUGCUUACCCAUUCAGGUUACACCAGGUGACCUUUGAGGUGCCUACCUGUGAGGGAAAGGAGCGGCAGAAGCUGGCACUGAUUGGUGACUCCUCGUCUUCAGCAGAGUUCUUUGUCACCGUGGCUGUCUUUGCCUUCCUCUACUCCUUGGCUGCCACAGUGGUUUACAUUUUCUUCCAGAACAAGUAUCGGGAAAACAACCGGGGUCCACUCAUUGACUUCAUUGUCACCGUAGUUUUUUCGUUCUUGUGGUUGGUGGGUUCAUCAGCAUGGGCGAAAGGACUGUCUGAUGUCAAGGUUGCUACGGAUCCCAAGGAAGUAUUAUCACUGAUGUCAGCUUGCAAACAGCCCUACAACAAGUGCAUAGCUGUCCACAGUCCUGUCAUGUCCAGCUUAAACACUUCUGUGGUCUUUGGAUUCUUGAAUUUUAUCCUCUGGGCUGGAAACAUCUGGUUUGUUUUCAAGGAGACAUGCUGGCAUUCCUCAGGUCAGAGAUAUCUUUCAGACCCGAUGGAAAAGCACUCAAGCGGCUAUAACCAAGGUGGAUACAACCAGGAUAGCUAUGGAUCCAGUGGUGGGUAUAGCCAGGAGGCAAGUUUGGGGCAGUCCUCUGAUGAAUUUGGGCAACAGCCUAGUGGUCAGGCUGCCUUUACCAAUCAGAUUUGACAGUGUAGUGUUCACAUUCUUCUGGAGAUAGCCUCACCACUUUCCAUUUCAGUGGCAGAAGAAUUUGUUAAGAGUUUCAAUCAAUUAUUAAAGCAAAGAGUGUUGAAUGUAAAUCAGAGAUCUGGAGUUCUCAUUAAAACAGAAAGUCUCAGGCUAUGAUAAACAGUAUUUUAGAGAUGAGAUGACACAAGGAGAUAUAUUAUUCAUCAUAGAUGGUUAAUUGGAAAGUAUCUUGUUACAUACACAGAUACUUUUAUGGUCAUUUUGUAUGUGUGCUGAAAUAGUAGAAGCAUUUUGUAGCCUAAAUCUCUAGUAUGUAAUAUGCAUAAAGUAAGUUAAAUAGCUUUGAGUUGUCCUAUGUGUUCUGAUGCAGAAGAUGUUUUGAUGAUUUCUAUAAAUCAGUUUUGUGUACCACAACAUGCAUGUAUAAUUAAUUUUAGUAGGACUAAAAUAAUAAUAGGACUAUAAGGCUACAUAUUUGUUUCCAGACAACUACUCUGUAUUUUUUAAUUUGAUAAAUCGACGUUCCUAUGAUUCAGUGCAUGAAUAAGCAUUUUCAUACAAAAUGAACAUUUAACUUGUACUUAAUGAAAACUUUUUCCAGUUUGCACCAUAAAUUUGUUAAGUGGGCAUUUCAAAAAGUAUAUUCAUUACUUUGUAUACUUGCAAAUUUGUCUUUCUGGCUUUACCUGGUCUUGAAUGCAUUGUAAUUAAUAUUUGGGGUUUCUUCCCUGCUAGUAACCAUUUUAGUGUUAUAUAUGGUAAUUUCCCAAUAUUUAGCCUACUUACUUAGGUAAAAUCUGCAUUCUUGUGACAUUCUAUGGUGUUUUGUGGCUGUUAUCUUAUGGACCAUGAACAACCGAACCAAUAACUAUUUGUGUUUAUGAAGUGUUAUUUUUCUAGAAUAAUGAAGAUACAGAUAUCAGUAACCAUAGUCAAGAAGCUAUUGGAUUCAUGUAUUAAUUUAUAAAGUGUUCUGUAGAAUCUACACAAGCAGGUAAAUUUUUAAAUCCUAUUUAUUUGUAAAGUUAAUAUGCUUCUGGGCUCAGUUAUUUAAAAUUCUCAAGUUACAGCACAACUUACUAAUUUAUAAUUCUGAUUUGAAUAUUACCCAUAAAUUAAAAAUGACUUUUUGUGAACCACACUGUGUCCCAGAGCAGGUUCUCAUGAAAUAUUCCCCUGAAUGUAUUCAUUAUCAAGAAAAUGUCAAUCUUUGCCUUUUUGUUUUAGCUUAAUUAAAAUGCCAGGACCCAACACUGAGAGCAAGCUGAGAAUCUGUAUUUUCAGAUAAUAGUUGCUAUCAAUGUACAAACUUUUUGUGACCUGUAAUGUUGGAAGCAUUUUAGCACAAAACAGCCUUGUAUCUUAGAUGACAUAUGUAAUGUUUCUGGAUCCUAUUGGAUAAGUCUGUAUUGUGAUAUUUAUUUGACCUUAAUAAAGUUAUUGCCUACAA